UGUCGAGUAGUGGGUAUACGAUUAUGUGGUGGACUGUGUUGACGGAUAAGUCAAAACAUUUGGACUGCGCCACUUUAUGGGAUAUAUGAUUUUUUUGCAGAUUCAUUAGCUAUUAUGGAGAGGAGUUUAUAUAAAUUUCUUCUAUGGCGGAAACAAAGUGGCGACGACAUUCACAUGUCGGAUGAUAACACUGACGAUGAAUUCGGAUUUAUCAAGCCGACCAUUGAGCAUAACAAGCACACUAUUGUCCAGAAAGUCGUUAGGAAAGCCGUGAAGGAAGUUCUGGUUGAAGAUGGGCUUAGCGGAUAUUACGCGGAUAAUUAUCGAUGUCGACCCCCUCCGGUCUUCCUCAUUGCUGUCAGCAUUACAGAGCUUGCCGUAUUUAUCUACUAUGGAAUUGUGAUGGGAAGCGUGUCGACAAUUGGGCCUGUUCCCAUCGAUAGCCCGUUUAUUUAUCGUCCUGACCGGCGACUGGAAAUCUGGCGAUUCAUUACAUAUUCCUUUCUGCAUGCCGGGUGGUUUCAUUUAGUUUUCAAUAUUAUUAUCCAAAUUUUUGUGGGACUUCCACUGGAAAUGGUCCAUGGAAAUUUUCGCAUCGGCAUAAUAUAUCUUUCCGGUGUUUUAGCAGGAUCACUGGGCACAUCGGUAUUUGAUCCGGAUGUUUACCUGGUCGGCGCCUCGGGAGGUGUAUACGCCCUGUUAUCCGCCCACCUGGCCAACAUACUCCUGAAUCGCACACAAAUGGAAUUGCCGCUGUUGCGCAUGAUCGGCGUGCUGCUGGUGGCCAGUUGCGUAUUGGGAGUGGCUAUUUGGGAUCGCUACGCCGCCGAGCCAACACCCAUGCCCAUUUCCUAUAUUGCCCAUAUUAUGGGCACGCUUUCGGGAAUUUGCAUGGGACUGAUUGUAUUAAAGCAUUUUGAUCAGAAGUUAUCGUGGAGUAUAGCCUGGUGGAUUGCGGUAUUUGUUUAUUUGGCUUUUGUGGUUUUCACGGUAUUGUGGAAUGUCUGUAUUAUCGAAUCAAAUAAUGGUGGUUUACCAUACAGAGCUUGA